AUGCUGUUCAUCAACGCAAUUGUUUCGGCCUCAGUGGCGAACAGAAAAGGGGAGAAGAGAGUGGAAAGUAAAGUCUUUCAGGGUCGGAGAGCUCACAGCGCAUGCAGCGAGGAAUCCUCAUCCGAACUUUCUGAGACACUAUGUCACGGCCUGUCGCAGGCCCCGGCUGGCAAGCUCGGUGCCUGGAACGAGGAAUUCUCUUUCGCAAAGGUGCAGCCGUGCGAUUAUGUCGCUGAGGUCAACGGCGUACCAGGGCUCAAGGACAUGUCCCAAGAGCUCCAGAAGCGUGCGGCGGUGCGUCUCCGAAUUCUGCGCUUCCCGCCGGUCUUUGAGGUCAACCUGCCAGCGGGACAGGAGGCCCCGGGACGAGUGGUCGGCCUGAAGUAUGACCCUCCGAUGAAUGACAGGGACACGGGCUUGACGAUCAAAGAUAUAGUACCAGACAGCCGCAUGGAUCACCACAACAGGAGCUGUGUUGAGGGGAGCCGCUUCCACUUGGUGGUGAUGACUGGCUUUCGAAUCGAGGGAGUAAAUGGAGUUCACGGGGCCGGACAGAAGCUUCAGCGAGCUCUCCUUGAGGCGCGAUCUGGGCCUAUUCAUCUGACGAUCCGCCGGGUUGACAAGCCUCCCGCGGCCGGUCUUCCACGGAAGGCGAUGAACCGAUUCCGCAAUGCGAUGCGAGCCAUGUCCGGGGCGCGCCUGGGCGAUGAGCUGGACACCGGAGCAGCCACCCAUUCGCUUGCGGAGACUCUCCCGGCAGAGGGCUGGGGCCAUGUGCUGAGAAAAGGAGACGCUCGCCAACAGGAGGCAGCGGCUAUCGACAGUUCGGUGGAUUUCGCGGCGACGAUGCCACCGGGAGCUAUGAGAUCGGCAGUCAGGUUCAACAACGAGGUGUCUGUGGCAAAUGCGGAGCGAGAUGUGGUAAGCCCAAUGAUGUCGGAGAUCAUGCACAACUUGGACUACGAUGAUCCCUUCGCGCGAACCGGCAUGUCCAUGAUCUCCAUGACCUCCGACGUCUCCAUGCCAACUACGCCGCAGGUACCGCACAUCAACCCACUUUCUCCAGGGCAUGCCACAUCCGUGGCCAGCCUCACGCUGACAGAGGGUGAAGGACAGCCAGGUGAAGCUGCAGCAGAGGUGACGAACAACCUCGCGGAUGCUGCUGCUGAGGUGGCCCAGCAAGAAACGCAAAGACUCCAAGCCGGUGCAGAGCAGGCUCAUGUUGACAGCGAUGAAGCUGAACGUGAAGUAGACGCUGCCAAGGUGCUGGCAGUGGAGAUGAACAAGCGACAAGCGGCCCUGGAGAAGGCGCUGCAAGAAGAAAUGAUGAAACGGCAAGUGCAAAUGGAGAAGGAGCUCGCAGAAAAGGCAGCACAGCGGCGAGCCCAAAUAGAGAAGGCAUUGGCGGAAGAGGCGCAGCGGAAGCAGGCGGCGCUGGAGCAGGCUUGGGCCGAGGAGGAAAGACGCCUGCGGAGUCUUCAGGCCCAGAGAGCCGAAGAGGCCGCAGCAGCUUCGGCCAAAGCCCAGGAGCAGGAGGCGAAGCAGGCCUUGCAUGAGGCUUUGGUUCGCAGCGCACUGGUUGAGUCGCAAGCAGACACGAAGGAAAAAGCCGACGCAAAGCAAGCUUUCAACGAGGCAUUGGCAUUGGCCAUGAUGGCCAAGGCUCCGAUUGAGGUGCAAGCCAACGAGGGGGAAGAGGUCGAAGUCGACGUGCCCGAGGGAUUGAAGGCGACCAACGCUUGCUAA